AUGACUCGGAGGAGGAUAAGAAAUAAGCAACUUGCCAAUGAAAAUAAGCAAAACUCUAUCCUCUUCAAACGAUCUAAAGGGCUUGCAAAGAAGGCUGAGCAAUUGCAGAUCCUUUGUGGGGUCGACAUCGCCAUCAUUGGCCACCGGCAAGGCGGUGAAAGCAAUGCCAUUCUUUGGCCGUCUCCAGAGGUAGUGGAGGAGCGGGUUAACAAAUUCAUGGAGUUUCCAGCACUUGAAAGAAAUAAGAAGAUGGUGACUCAAGAGAGUUAUCUCGAGCAAACUCUGAAUACUGAAAGGGAAAACAUUGCUAAGCUCAAGAAGGCGGUGGCGGUAAAAGAGGGCCAUCAACUGCUGGCCCAAAAGCCUUUGGACAUGAUGGAGAUGACGGAGCUAGAGAUGGUGGGAGACAUGGCAGUUGACAUGAUUAAAAUACUGAAAAAAAGGGCUGAAGAAAUCAACCAGUCAGUGGGGGCAAGGUCCAGCCCAGUUGAGGGUGGUGGAGUGCUUCUUUGGGACCACGGAUUUGGUGAGAUUAGGGCAGACAAAGAUCAAGGACUCAUGGAGGCGAUCAUGGCGGUGGGAGUAGAUAAGUGGUUUCCUAGUGGACAUGGUGGCAACAAAAGCAGUGGUGGUGGUGCCGGUAGCAGUAGUGGUGGCACUAAUGGUUCUUCUUUCUGA